GAGUUGUCCACAAGAGUGUGUGUGGGGUUGUCCUAGCAAUUAAUUAGCAGAUGUUUUGUUUAAUAUAAAGUCAUAAUUUUUUUUGAAUUAGUUUAACUUAUCAGAUUCCUUUUUCUAAUUUAAUUGUUCUACUUACAUUGUUUGGAAAUUUGGUUGCUUAGUAGUUGAAUUGCAUGGAUAAGUUGCAACUUUGACUUUGGUUCUUUCAUAAUUUAAAUUUCUGGGUUUGUUUAAUUAUUGCCAAUUUAAGUAAAUCAAGAUUGUGCAAUUGUGUAAAAUUGGCAGAAGAUUAAUGUGUUGAGGCAGCAAUGGGUGGAUAUUGUUUGUUGCUAUUGCUAUUAGGGGCGUGCACUUUGUAUGGUUCUUAUGGUAUUGGAAAGUUCAGACAGAAUGAAACAGCAACACUUAUAGUUGAUGCUAAUGCUCCCGGCCGGACGAUUCCGGAUACGUUGUUUGGGAUCUUCUUUGAGGAAAUCAACCAUGCUGGGUCUGGUGGACUUUGGUCAGAGCUAGUAGACAACAGAGGUUUUGAAGCUGGAGGCCGUCACACCCCGUCAAACAUCAAGCCUUGGUCAAUAAUUGGAGAUGAAUCAUCCAUUGUCUUAUCUACUGAUCUUUCGUCAUGCUUUGAGCGGAACAAAGUUGCUCUUCGGAUGGAUGUUUUAUGUGGCAGUGAUGGUGCCAAGUCUUGUCCUAGUGGUGGUGUAGGAGUCUAUAAUCCCGGAUUUUGGGGCAUGAACAUAGAACAAGGAAAGACUUAUAAAGUAGUCUUCUAUGUUCGAUCAAUGGACUCAAUUGAUUUAGCCGUAUCAUUGACUAGCUCAAAUGGAGGGGUAGUGUUGGCUACCAGCAAUGUGAUUGCUGAUGCGAGUAAAGUUGCUAAUUGGACAAGGAUGGAGGUUAUGCUUGAAGCUAAAAGUUCUAACACAAAUUCAAGGCUUCAGUUAACAACCACUAAAACGGGAGUAUUGUGGAUUGAUCAAGUGUCAGCAAUGCCAACAGAUACCUAUAAGGGACAUGGAUUCCGCAAGGACCUCUUUGAAAAGCUUGUUGAUUUGGAACCCAGAUUUCUUAGGUUCCCAGGUGGUUGUUUUGUCGAAGGCGAAUGGCUAAGAAAUGCUUUUCGCUGGAAAGAAGCUGUUGGUCCGUGGGAGAAUAGGCCGGGACAUUUUGGAGACGUUUGGAUGUACUGGACUGAUGACGGACUUGGUUACUUCGAAUUUCUCCAAUUGUCCGAAGAUCUUGGGGCAGCUCCUGUGUGGGUAAUUAAUAAUGGAAUCAGUCACCAAGAUGAAGUUGAAACAUCAAUGGUUUUUCCAUUUGUGCAAGAAAUGCUUGACAGCAUAGAGUUUGCUAGAGGUGAUAAUUCUUCUCAAUGGGGUUCCCUUAGAGCUGCGAUGGGGCACCCAGAACCAUUUGAGCUAAAAUAUAUCGCUAUUGGUAAUGAAGAUUGUGGGAAACCGUACUACCAAGGAAAUUACAUGAAGUUUUAUGAUGCCCUAAGAAAAGCCUAUCCAGACAUCCAAGUUAUCUCUAAUUGUGAUGCGUCAUCAACUCCAUUGAAUCAUCCAGCUGAUUUCUAUGAUUUCCAUAUAUACACAUCUGCAAAUGACAUGUUUUCUAAGAGUACUAAGUUUGACAAGACACGACGUAAUGGGCCAAAGGCUUUUGUUAGUGAAUAUGCUGUGACUGGAAAAGAUGCUGGCACAGGAAGCCUUCUUGCUGCAUUAGGUGAAGCUGCAUUCCUUAUCGGAAUAGAGAAAAAUAGUGAUGUUGUUGAAAUGGCAAGCUAUGCUCCUCUUUUCGUAAAUACGAAUGAUAGACGAUGGAACCCAGAUGCAAUUGUGUAUGAUUCUUCACGUGUAUAUGGUACGCCUAGCUACUUGAUGCAACAAUUUUUCACAAAAUCAAGCGGAGCUACUCUUCUCAAGUCCGAGCUUCAAGCUGGUUCUUCAGCUUCAGUUGUUGCCUCUGCAAUUAGUUGGAAGAAUGCAACCGACAACAAGAAUUACAUAACUAUUAAGAUUGUCAACUUUGGAAAUAAUUAUGUGAACCUCAAGCUCUCAAUCGGAGUCAAUGAGAAUUCCGUAAAGCUAUCUGGGUCACAGAAGACCGUUCUUACCUCUAAUAAUGUAAUGGAUGAGAAUUCGUUUCAAAAUCCUAAAAAGGUAUAUCCAUCUUCUACUCUAUUCAAAUUAAGUGGCAAAGACACAACUAUUGUACUUCAGCCAAUUUCUUUUACAUCAUUUGAUAUGAUACAAGAACAACAAAGUCAUCUCUUAACCAAGGAUGCAGAUUCUGGCCUAAAAUAUUCUUCCUGAGCUCAUACAUACAUACAUACAUACAUACACUGAUGAUAUACGCGCAACAGACAUCCGAAUACAUGAUUUGGGCUUUUAUUGUACACGAUCUUUGUUUUUUUUUGGAACAAGCUCGGGUCUUCGGCCGUUGUACCAAUUCUUAACAAGCUCAAACAAUUAAGACCAGUUGUUUCAGUACAAAUCUAUCUUUAUAGUUCAUUGCUUGUAUAGAUUCAAGGCUGGCUAAUGAGCCUAAUGUAAAUCAGUAUAUAGAUAUACUUUCUUAUCAAUAAAAAAAUGAUUAAUUUCUUUUUCGA